GUUUAAGAAACAACCAGAUUAAAGGCUUACACACAAUUUUCCGUAAUAAAUUACAUAAAAUAGCAGACGGGUUGCAUAAAUCAUUUCUACGUGGACUGUCCGACAAACUCAAUCCAUUUUAGAUGCACAUUCCAGUUGCCGUUUGUAAGAUGCGCAAGUUGCAGAUCCAAGUCCUGACCCGUGACGGUCGUAAAAACAUAUAUGAGACCGAUCGCUCCCGGAACGUGGCCGAUUUAAAGAAGCGCAUUGGUCGCAGCAUGAACGUACCGAUGGCAUUCAGCAGGCUGACAUAUAAGGGACGCUUGCUGACCAACGACAGCAUCCUGGAGGAUGAGGGCGUGAAGCGCAUGUCCACGCUGGAGUUAUACUGGCAGCCAUUGGUGCUGACGCCCAAGCAGUAUCGUGAAAAGGAGCUCGAACUGGACAAGCUCGACCAAAAACAGCGUCACGUAUCGCGCAUUGCCGAGAACUAUGAGCAGACUGUUAAGAAGGGCGGGCACGAGCGUACACCCAGUGGACUACGUCGGACACGGGAUCAUCUGAGGGUGAAGCGUUCGCUUAGCGCGGAUGAUAUGAAGCUGUCCACAAACAGUUUUAUAAGGCAGCCGGAACGAAAGAUCGAGGAAUGUGUGCAGGAGGAGGAGCAGAGCUCCACAUCUUCUGACGAGCUGGACUUUCUGGCCGCCUACUGGUGUUGCUCCAAGAGUACCGUCAAGAAAAAUCGCCAGUCAACGGAUCCAAAUGUGCUGAAAUACGCCGAUGUCGAUGCCGAUGACGAUGUCGAUGUCGAUGCCGAUGCCGAUCUGAGGGCAGAUGCUAAGCAACUAGAUGCUAAUUGUGACUUGAAGAGUUCCGUCUCCGGCACAGCCUUUCCAUGCAACAAGAACAGCAGCAGCAGCAACAAUAACAACAAGAACAGCAAGAACAGCAAGAAGAACAACAACAACUUGCCCAAAGACGAUGAUCUGUUGGAAGAUCUACAACGCUGUCUGAGCUGCAAGCACCAGCCAUUCCGCAACGGAUUACGCCUGGCAGCUGGCCGCAUGUCGCGCAGCAUCAUUUCCAAUAUCAGGAAGAACCAAAAGAAUUGCAAGAAAUAAAAAAAAAAACAAAAAAAAAAAAGCCACGCGGCAACCAGAAACUGGCCCACAGUUUGGAUCAGGAAUUGGACAAAUUGUUGACUUUAAUUUUUUUUUUCCUUUUAGUUACUUUUUGGUUUUGGUUCUGAUUCAAUUGACAAAAUUUUAAUCUGUACGCCUAGCAAAGUGCAGCACAUCAAAAAAAGUCAAUUAUUUUCAGUUAUUUCAAAAUUUUCGUCAUAUCCAUGAUAAAUAUGCAAGCUGAGCAGAAACGGAUGUACAUAAACAUUACGAUAUUCGAAACUAUUCCAAAAGAGGGCAACAUAUACAUAUACCCAACAAGUCCAAAGACCGACAAAUACCAAAUGAUUUACUAACAACAGUUAACAUUAUUAUUGAUAUUAUUAUUUCAAGUUCAACUCAAUCGAUCCAAUAUUAGUACAUAUACAUAUUGUACGUAUUUACGGUUAGACACAUAAUACCAUUGCUGCCAAAAUUUGAUUACCACGAUUAAAAAUAGCUUGAAA